UCGCACUUAAACUCACACUUUUUAAACAUCUGACCCUGUGCUUUUCUCCUGCACUUAUUGGCAGCUCUUUUUUUUCUUUUCACGGGUCAAAGGGCACCUCUGUAUUUAGUGAUGUAUUAAAAUUAGUUCAGCGCUGCCGUGAAGAACUGCCUUGUUUUCGUUCAGUCUAUGGACAAGCAAUGUCGGGCUGAGGAUUCAUAAAGGGGAAAAUACAGCUUUGCUUCUCUUUAGUAACUAGCACAUCUGCACACAAUGGCCGUCAAGGCUCAGGUUUUGUAUGACUUCAUUGCUGAACCAGGAAACAACGAGUUGAGCGUGAAAGAAGGAGAAACCAUCACCAUCACCAACCAGAACAUAGGGGGAGGUUGGGUGGAAGCACAGAACUCCAGAGGGGAGACAGGGCUGGUUCCUGAAGACUACAUUGAGUUGAAAACAGCCCCCGCAGGAGGCGGAAAUGUUGCAGUCCCUGACCUGUCAUUCUUUGACGCCUUCGCCCCAACGCCAGCCAAGAGCCAGCAGGUGGAUGUAGUUGGCGGCAGCGCUCAGCGCGAAACUUCCAACACCCCAGCCCCUGCCUCUGUGCCCCAGAACGAGGCGAGCAACGGCAGCGAUCCCUGGUCCAUCUGGAACACAGAUCCGGCAGGAAACGCAGCCAACAACUGGGCGGCCAAGCCAGAGGGCACGGAGACGGGGCAAACGGCUAGCAACUGGAAUUCGGCGGCCCCAGGGCAGCUUCAGGGAUACCAGGGUCCAGAUCUCUAUCCCUAUCCUUACCUAAUUGAUUACACAGGGACUGCAGACGAUGAAGAAUGGGAUGACGAAUGGGACGACGUGAAGCCCUCAGGCGGAUACACGGAGGCCGAAGCUGGGGAGGGAGGGCCCAUGGGCAGGCCAGGGGCACACGGUUCAUCAAUGAAAAUUGCCCUCAACAAGUUUCCUGGUUUCUCCAAGUCUGGUGCAGAAAUAUAUCUUCUCUCAAAGCUGCCUCCAAAGGGAAAAGACAAGAUACCUGUAUAUGUCGGAGAGGUCGGCCCGGUGUGGCACUAUCCUGAGGCGCAGUUGGAUUGUGUUGUUGCAGACCCCAAAAAGGGCACCAAAAUGUAUGGCCUGAAAAGCUAUAUUGAGUACCAAGUCACACCGAGCACUACAAACCGACCUGUCAAUCACAGAUACAAGCACUUUGAUUGGCUCUAUGAGAGGCUUCUGGAGAAAUAUGGGUCAGCCAUUCCCAUUCCAUCAUUACCAGACAAACAGGUCACAGGCCGCUUUGAGGAAGAGUUCAUCAAGAUGCGCAUGGAGCGGCUCCAGGGCUGGAUGACUCGCAUGUGCCGGCACCCCAUCAUCUCCAACAGCGAAGUCUUCCAGCUCUUCCUCACUUACAAGGAUGAAAAGGACUGGAAGUUUGGGAAAAGAAAAGCGGAGAAAGACGAGACAGUCGGAGCCAUGAUUUUCUCCUUGGUGGAACCUGAGGCACCAGACCUGGAACCUCUGGAAGUGGAACAGAAGUGUGAGCAGUUCAGCAGGUUCACCAGAGCCAUGGAUGACGGUGUGAAGGACCUUCUCACUGUUGGACAGGAGCACUGGAAGAGAUGUACAGGGCCAUUACCCAAGGAGUACCAGCGGAUCGGAAAGGCUUUCCAGAAUCUGUCGUCUGUUUUUAACAGCAGUGGAUAUCAAGGCGAAGCCACGCUCACUGAUGCUCUGACGGCGGCAGGAAAAACAUAUGAAGAAAUUGCACAAUUGUUUGCCGAGCAGCCAAAGAAGGACCUGCACUUUCUGAUGGAGGUCAACAACGAGUACAAAGGUCUCCUGGGCUGCUUCCCAGACACCAUCGGCGUGCACAAGGUGGCCAUAGAGAAGGUGAAGGAGGGUGACAGGCUGGUGGCCACCAGUAAGAUCACCCCGCAGGAGAAGACCACCAUGGGCAAGCGAGUCGGCACCAUGUCUUACGCCCUGCAAGCUGAGAUGAACCACUUCCAUAGCAACCGGAUCUAUGACUACAACCGGGUUAUGCAGCUUUACCUCGAGGAGCAGGUGAAAUUCUAUGAAACGAUUGCCGAGAAGCUGAAGGAGGCUCACGGCCGGUUUACCACGAUGUAGAGAUGCAUCUGCAGUCAAUUCCACAGCCAAACUACUCUUUGGUUGCUUGUUUUUUGUAUGCUCUUCACAUGUUAUUGAUAAUUAAUGAUUUCAGCACUAUAUAAUUAGCUGUUACACUUGGGCCAAUGAUAUAUUAAUUGCAAAACAAUGAAACUUCAGAGCACUUACAAAGAGUCGCUGAACCUCCGGUGCCAGUGGGUGCAUUUCAAAGCUUGUGUGCAUGCAUGAAAUGCAUCGCAUGGAUGCUGUGCGGUGACUUGCAAGAAAACAUGUCUGUCUUCUGAUCAUCGGAUUGGAUUUUGGAUUUUUUUAUUUUUUUGGAAGAUGGAUUUCCAUUGCUGCCUUGCUGAUCUCCUCACGCACAGGGAGAGGUGGACGGACAUGGUUUGCCUGUCCGGCAAACUGGCGAUAAUAGAGGCAGGACCUCCACAGUACCCAGUGUGCUUAGUAACCAGACUUGCAGGAAGUGUAUCAUUCCAGCUACACACUGCCUUGCAUUAAGAAGACAAUUGGGGGGGGGGGGAGGAGGUUUGCUGCCCUUCAGCCGUUGAGAUUCCAGAAGGUUCCCCGAGGAGGAGAUCGCUAGGACUCACUGGGCACCAGGAGCAGGACCUGGUGUGGGUAUACUGGAUGUGAGAUACCUCACUGGAAUCCUCAUGCUCCAUGGCAAACACUCUUGGUCCUGUAACGCCCGCAUCUGCUGCCUCACUGGCUGCUUUGACUCCACUCUGCCUACAUUUCAACUACAAUAUCUUCUGGAAUUGCUCUUUGACCUUUUUUUUCCUAACAAGUGUAAUAAAUUAUAUAUAUAUAUGUAUAAAUUUAUAAUAUGGUAAAAACA